CAUUCUCAUCCAAAUAGCAAUAUGCAGAAACCUAUACCAAUAGUGCAAACUUAGGCCUACUGUGCAUAAAUAGUUAAAAUACUUGUAACAGUGCCAAGAAAAUAUGAUCAUAAAAAAAUGCCAAAUAUCUCAAUAUUUUCUCUUCAUAUGAUAUGUAUAUGAAUAUGCAGUGCAUCUUCGUGAAUCCCACGUAGGCUAUGUUAUGAAAGAGAAAGCGCUGACCAAGUCAGCGCUUUCAGUGCAGAUAAAAAGUUGAAGUACUUCUCUGGAGUUUGGAGUGCUUCCAUUGGUGCGUAAUGGUGCACGACUGACUGCAGAGCAACAGAUGUUUCACCACGGGGACGUGCUCUUCACCAUUUGAAGUUGUGCAUUCGGCUGCUUUUCAGAAGAAAGCAAAAAAAAAAGAAAGUCAGCCGUGGUUACUAGCUUGCUUAAAAGUAGCCUGAAAACUGGGACUAAACUUUCCAAACUCUGCGAUCAAUCGGAGAGUUUGUCGUCAUAGUAUCAGCACCCCCGACUUUUUCUCCCCCCAGUUCCUAAAUGGACCGGACUGUCUUGGUUUAUGUAGCUCAGAACAGGCCGAAAGACUGGAACAAUUUGUGACUAUCUCGUCAAAUCUUUCGGCGUUUUGGAGUAACAUUCAGAAUGCUUGACUGCUUCUCUGAAGUGAACGAUUGAGAAACUGGUUUUCUCAUACAUUGUGAGUUUAGGACGCAGGGAUCUGUGCAAAGUUGCGUUGCAGCAGAAAGGAAACUUCAACUCGAGCAGUGGCAGCUCAAAUAUUUGAGCUCUCUCGCUAUGGACUGUAUGUAUUUAUUGAUGUACUUUUUACUGUCUGUGUUGUUUUUGGAUCACAUACACGCCGCAGAAUCACACGAAAAACUGUCUGGAAAGUUAAGUGAGUAUGGCCUCAUCGUGCCAUUCAGCACAGACGCCCUGGGCCGGUACGUCUCUCACGUGGUGUCCGCCUCAAGUGGCAGCGAUGGCGGCGCCGCAGCCUCAGCUGCACCCCCUGGCAGUGGGGGGAGAAGGGUGGCCCGCAGCGCCCCCGAGACGCCCCCCUCGUCGUCUGUCACCAUCGUUGGCCACCGGUUGUUUUUCAACGUCACCGUGUUUGGGAAGGAACUGCACCUCCGCCUGAGGGCCAACAGACGCCUGGUAGCACCGGGGGCUUUCGUGGAGUGGCAGGAGGACUUUGAGCAGCUGACCAAGGAGCGGAUACACGGGGACUGCGUGUUUACCGGCGAUGUAACGGACAUGCCCGAAGCCUCGGUGGCAAUCAGCAAUUGUGAUGGACUGGCAGGUCUGAUCCGGACUGAUAACGGGGAGUUUUUCAUCGAGCCCCUGGAGAAAGGCCAGCAGAACGUGGAGAUGAAGGGGCGUGUCCACGUGGUCUACCGCAGGUCUGCCAUCAAGCGAGAGCCGGGCCAGAAAAAGGAGGACCUCCACAAUGAAGUGGCGGACUUCGGCAUCGCCGACCUGCCGGCCACCCUGGACCUGGUGGAGCAGCAGCUGACGGAGACGGAGCGCAAGCGGAGGCACACCAAGAAGAACGACUACAACAUCGAGGUGCUGCUGGCCGUGGACGAUUCGGUGGUGCGCUUCCACGGCAAGGAGCACGUGCAGAACUACGUGCUGACUCUCAUGAACAUAGUAGAUGAAAUCUAUCACGACGACUCCCUGGGAACCAACAUCAACAUCGUCCUGGUCCGCAUGAUCAUGGUCGGGUACCGACAGUCCAUCAGUCUGAUAGAGCGCGGUAACCCUUCGCGCAGCCUGGAGCAGGUGUGCCGCUGGGCUAACACCCAGCAGCGGCGCGACCCCGACCACGAAGAGCACCACGACCACGCCAUCUUCCUCACCAGGCAAGACUUUGGCCCCGCAGGUAUGCAAGGUUACGCGCCGGUGACCGGCAUGUGCCAUCCACUGCGCAGCUGCACCCUGAACCACGAGGACGGCUUCUCCUCAUCUUUUGUCGUCGCUCACGAAACAGGCCAUGUGCUGGGGAUGGAGCACGACGGUCAGGGCAACCGGUGUGCGGACGAGACCAGCAUGGGCAGCAUCAUGGCCCCACUGGUGCAGGCCGCCUUCCAUCGGUACCACUGGUCCCGCUGCAGCAAGCAGGAGCUGAACCGAUACAUCCAUUCUUAUGACUGCCUCCUCGACGACCCCUUUAAACAGAAGUGGCCAAAGCUCACCGAGCUCCCCGGCAUCAACUACUCCAUGGACGAGCAGUGCCGCUUUGACUUUGGCGUGGGAUACAAAAUGUGCACCGCUUUCCGCACAUACGACCCGUGCAAGCAGCUGUGGUGCAGUCACCCUGACAACCAAUACUUCUGUAAGACCAAGAAAGGCCCACCAGUGGACGGAACAGAGUGUGCGGCAGGCAAGUGGUGUUUUAAGGGCCACUGCAUCUGGAUGACCAGCCAGCAGCCCGUGGGCCACGAUGGGAGCUGGGGCUCCUGGUCCAAGUUGAGCACCUGUUCCCGGACGUGCGGGGGCGGGAUACGUUCCCGCAGCCGGCAGUGCAACAACCCUGUGCCGGCGUACGGAGGCCGAGAAUGCCCCGGCUCCACCUUCGACUACCAGAUGUGUAACACGGAGGAGUGCGCCGGACCUUACGAGGACUUCCGCGCACAACAGUGUGUCAAGAGGAGCAACAAGUACCACAAUAACGUCAAGCACACCUGGCUGCCUUACGAACACCCAGACGAGGCCCAUAAGUGUGAGUUGAGCUGCCAGUCCAAGGAGACGGGGGAGGUGGUGUUUAUGAACCAGGUGAUGCACGACGGGACCCGCUGCAGCUACAAAGACCUCUUCAGUGUGUGUGCCCGCGGGGAGUGCCUGCAUGUUGCCUGUGACAAGGAAGUGGGAUCCUACAAACAGGAAGACAAGUGCGGCGUCUGCGAGGGGGACAACUCCCACUGUCGCACCGUGAAGCUGACCCUCACCAAAACGCCAAAGAAAACAGGCCUGCUGAAAAUGUUUGACAUCCCAGCGGGCGCACGGCACAUUGUGAUCGAGGAGAACGGGACAUCGCCUCAUAUAAUCGCUGUGAAGAACCAGGUCACCGGCCACUUUGUGUUGAACGCCAAGAGCGAAGAGGCCCAGUCCAAGGUGUUCAUCGAGAACGGCCUGGAGUGGGAGUACUCCCUGGACCAGGAGAAGGAGACCCUGAAGACCACCGGGCCGCUCUACGAGGCCAUCGUGGUGCUGGUCAUUCCCCAGGAGGAAGACGUGAAGAUCAGCCUGACCUACAAGUACAUCAUCCACGAGGACCUGCUGCCCGAGAUCACCAACAACAACGUGCUGCUCACGGAGCUGGACACCUACGAGUGGGCGCUGAAGAGCUGGUCUCAGUGCUCCAAGCCCUGCGGGGGAGGUAUACAAUACACCAAAUAUGGUUGCCGGGGGAAGAACAACAAUCGAUUGGUGAAUCGCAACUUCUGCGAACCCAGCAAGAAGCCCAAACCGAUCCGCAAACGCUGCAACCUCCACGAGUGUGCCCAGCCCAUGUGGGUGGUGGAGGAGUGGACGCCAUGCAGCAAGACGUGCGGGAAGCUGGGCUACCAGUCGCGGGUGGUGCAGUGCCUGCAGUCGCUCCACAACGGCACCACCAGGCCCGUGCACGCCAAGCACUGCAGCGAGGAGCGGCCGGAGCUACGGCGCACGUGCAACAGCACGGUCUGCCCCGCCCAGUGGAGGACGGGGGCGUGGUCUCAGUGUUCGGUGACCUGCGGGGAGGGCAUCCAGCAGAGGCAGGUGGUGUGCAAGGCCAGCGACAACACCAUCAGCCACUGUGACGGGGCAAAGCCGGACACCAUCCUCAUCUGCACCCUGAACCCCUGUCCGGGUCAGUCCUCGCCUUCGCCACUCGACUCUGCGACGGCGGUGAACUCUUCGGGGAAGGACGACAGCGUGUACCAGAGGGCUUCUGAAAACCCCGUCCACAAACUUUCCUCCAAUGAGCCGUGUCUGGGGGACAAGUCCAUCUUCUGUCAGAUGGAGGUGCUGGCGCGAUACUGCUCCAUCCCCGGCUACAACAAGCUGUGCUGCGAGUCCUGCAACAAGAAGGACGGACCCCUCACCGAGCCGAUCCCCGGGGGCCGCCAGGAGCCCUCCCGCCCCACCGCCCGACCCCACGCCCCCCCCCCGUCCGCCGCUCCCCAGGGGCCGGUCAGCACCUCCCAGAGCCCCCCACAAACCACUAAAGCCAGCGGGCGAAGGCCUCGCUCCACCUCCCAGGGACUGACCACCACCACCGCCACCCACUUCACCGCCCACGCGAGCUCCGCCUUCACCGCCACGCCCAAUCAGGACCCCCGUGAAGCCUCCUCGUCCUACGCGGCCGCCGUGGUGGUGACCUCAGAGACCCCCAGCGACACGAACACAGACCCCCGGACCCUCCCGCCUCUGGGGUUGCCACGGCCCACAGACUCCCCCCUCUCCUCUUCCUCCUCCCCCCCUCCCUCCCCCUCCCCCUCCCCCUCCUCCUCCCCAGACAGUACCGCCGCCGCCAGGUCUAGAAGAGACACAUUAGGAGGACCUGAGUGGAGGCGGGCUCACAGAACAGCAGGCGGUCCCUGAAGACGUGGACAGCCAGCCGGCGGCGUUGCCAUGGGGACGUGUGGACGUGAAUACUCCUUCCAGUCCUCGGUCAGCUCAUUCCAAUGCCAUCCGACGGGCUCACACUAUUGCUGCGAAUUUGUGUUUUGGUUGUAUUCGUUUUUUUUUUAUUAUUAUUAUUAUUAUUGUAAUUAUUAUUUUUAUUUUCCAUGCCAGUGGACUUAAACCAGUAAUGGUUACCUCAGCAAAGAAAACAGAAGCAGAGUCGUCUCAGUGCAUUCACUCUGCCCCUCUCGGCUUCAAAUAUGAAAUGGAAGAUGAAAACUAACAGAAAACACAGAAGUUGUUAAAUGAAGGUGCUGUAAAUGAAAUGACUACAAAACAUAUUUCAAAAAAUGUGACGACUGCAUCGCUAGCAUUUCCGUUUGUGUCCGUGUACAGUUAUGUUGAGCAUUUUUUCCAAGUGCAUUAGAACUACUAUUGAAAUUGUAUUGUGAAUGGGGCGGGGCCUGCGUCACUCGUGAUAGAGAGCCUUGCAACAACUCUCUGUUCUUGGUGCUCAUUCGUUCUUUUUUUUUACCCGAAAACAUAACCGGCCAUCCUCAUUGGUUGAGAAUCGAGUCCAUUUGCAAGCAAAGCCCACUGUAGCAUGCUCUUCCUUUGCAGUGAUGGAAGCCACAUAUGCUCAAAAAGAUAAGUAUAAAAGCUAAGUAUAAAAUACACUUUAGUAAUUUUUUGUAACUGAUAUAUUUUUUAAAUAAUAUUGUAUAUAGUGUAAAUUUCACGGUGUUAUAUGAAAAAAAUAAGUAACAUCAGGCAAUGUAACGGGAAAGCAUAGUGGUAUUCGGGAAGUGCAUUCAAAAUGGCAGAAGUCAACGGAAAGUGGAUGUUACUGUGGUUUUUGUUCAAGUUAGUAUUUGCUGCAUUGCAGUUUAUAACAUUAUAAUGUGUAUUGUAUAGUUCUUGUAUAUACGUACAUGAAUGAAAGCUUUAAAUGUUAAUAUUUAUUGAAUUUUUUAAUGGUAAAGAAACUAGAAAAAGUACAAGUUUAAACAAAUUUCGAAUUCUU